AUGUCCAGCACGUCGUCACCAAAGAACAAAGAAAAGCAGGUCAGAGGCCCCGCUCCGCCCGGAAGCCGCUCCGAAGACCGAACCCUCGGAGCACCAAAGCAGCCGAGAUCCGGCCCUCGGGUCCACUCCUGCUCCCCCCAACCAGUCCCAUCCUCACCCGAAUCCGAAGACGAGAAAUCCAAAAGCUCACCCCCAUCCAACCCAUCCGGCAUGCUAGAGGAUGCAACCGGCUCCGCGCCACCCGGCACUCCCGCAGCCGAGCGGCCCCGACGCCGGGCAGACACCAGUGCAGACACCGAAGCACCCCGAGGUCCUGCAGCCGAAAGACCUCGACACAGAGCCUCCGGUGCCUAUCCCGAAGCGCCCGGAAGUCCAGCAAGUGAAGGAGACCGACAAGCCGAUGAGGACGGAGACGACAGCGCCGCCGAACCAAGCAGAACGCCACCACCUGCAAGCACCCUCACCAAACCACCCCGGGCAGAAACCCGUUCCGAAUACGACUCCCCCAAACCAUCCCCAGAAACCGCACCAUCCGGAACACCAAACGCGUCCCCCAACUCAUGGGCAACAGCAUCAUCCGACAAGACCCCACUCCGCCUCACUCCACUCAUUGCAGAUCACUAUCCAAAAGAAACAAAGAAAAUACAAAACUCCACCAAAGUUCAAACCGGCAGUGCCAUCGGGUCGGGCUUCUCCCCUAAAGAAGUACUAGGCGCGCAGACGGCGGCAGGAGCAAUAUCAUAA